GCCGUCCCCACCUCAACUCUGUCUCGAUCACUGCUAUGCUUCCCUGCUCGUGUCUCCCCAUGAAGCGCCAGUCCGCGAGCAGUUCCUCCGGUCCCUACUGCUCUCUCAGCUUCCCGUUCGUGGAUAUCCUGUGGACAUAACUCCCCGCGAGUAGUCCCCGCGUUCAUCGGACCGUUACCGAGGUCCGCCGUCAAGAUGGAUGCCCUCAUGUCGCGUCUCGACACCCUUGUCACCAACCCCGAUAUCGCCCCCUUACUUUCUCUCCUCAAGGGGAUCCGAAAUGGCGCUGUCUAUGGAGCCAAAGUCCGCUUUCCGCAUGCGCUGGUAAUGAUCUUCCUCUUCCGAUCCGGAACGAUCCGCGAAAAAGUGACCCUCGUCCUCAAAGCCACCCGCCAACACGCCCGCAACCUGGCGACCUUCGCCCUAAUCUGGAAAACCGUGAUGAUCGUCCUCCGAAACCUGAACCCCUCGGCACCAGGCAAAGAAGGUCGCUAUGAUAGUUUCUUCGCCGGGUUAGCGGGCGGGUAUGCUGUUUUCGGGAGACAUAAGACGAGUAUCACGCAGCAGAUUGUGAUAUAUGUAUUCGCUCGCGUGAUGCUAGCAGGCGCUAAACUCGCCGUUCGACCAGACAUGCACCCCCUCUCGUCGCUGAUCACGCCCGAGGCGAGAACCAAGAUCGAGGGACAUGCGUGGCCCGUGUUUGCGAGCUUGACGUGGGCGUUUGUGAUGUAUAUCUUUCGGUGGCAUCCGGAGACGCUGAUGUCGAGUUUGAGGAGUAGUAUGGUGUAUAUAUACGCCGACUCGGAUCACUGGGACUCGUUCCGGAACUUUUUGAUACACAAUAAAUAGGGUGGUGGCUGGUACGGUCAGGCGUAAGGUGUUGGGUAUUUUUAUGGGUAUGGUAUUUUUAUGAGGCCCCGCUGGGUGGGGAUGUAUAUGAUAGAGUGUAUGCAGUGUGUUUUCAGUAAGAGUAGACAGCUGCUGACUGUCACUUUUUAAACAAUUUGCAGGGAGACUCUAGA